UGAAGAAGAUAAUGCCACCAUCGUUCAUAAAUUUGAAAAACUCUGAUGAUCUAACUGCUCAACAAUUAUUCAUAAAGGAGCAUGAAGGAUUGCGGGGAAAAGGAGAGGAAUGGAUGAAACGUACUGCUGAGUUUUGUAUGCUUAUAUCAACCGUUAUUGCCACAGCGGUUUUUGCUGCGGCAAUUAACAUACCAGGUGGUAUUGAUGAUGACACAAAAAAACCAAAUUAUUUGAACAAAGCAUCAUUCCAAGUAUUUGCAAUAGCAGAUGCAGCUGCAUUCGUCUUCUCAGCGACUGCAAUUUUGAUAUUCUUGUCUAUUCUCAUCUCGCGAUAUGCGGUGUACGACUUUCACAAGUCACUGCCCUUGAAGUUAAUAUUUGGACUGAUAACUCUGUUCAUCUCCAUAGCAUGCAUGAUGGUUGCAUUUGGAAGUUCCUUCUUCAUAACCUACUACUAUGGUUUGAAGGUGCUUCCUGAUUCAAUUGCAGUACUUUCGUGUCUACCCUUGCUUCUAUAUAUAGUUUUGCAAUUUUCAUUAUGGUCGGAUAUCAUCUACUUAACAUUCUAUUGUAGGAAUCUAUUUAAGCCAAGUAAACGUAUGAUUAUCUCGACUUAAAAAACUACUGCCUCCUAUCCUCGUUACAAGGUCCAAUGCAAGUUAAAAGUGUAACUUGACAGUUUAAUUUUAUAAGGUUUAAUCUAAAAUAUUUUUUUGAGGCAAAUUAGUUUUUCACAAAAUUAUCCUUAAUUAAAAUUAGUCUUAGAAUGAUGUGUAAGUGAAAAAAUUUA